AUGCUGUCCGAAUCCUUCGUCGCGUCGACGCUGUCAUCCGCUAAAACUCCGGCCGCCACGCUGCGUGAUGUCGGGAUUUGCCUGCAGGAAUUCCAGCCAUCGCCGCAACUGCGAUCAACCUUCAAGAAGAGCUCCACCAAUACCAAUUGCCUGGCUGUGAGCCCGUCGCAUAUCUUCUCCGCCCAGGCAGAGAAGGCUGUGGUUCAUGUCUAUAGCCGCGAAAAGGGGAACCAGGAGGCCCUAGUACCAUUCCCGGAGCGUAUCCGCAGCAUUGCAGUUGCUGGCGCGAAGUACGGCGAUGUGCUGGUGCUGGGAACGGAGGGCGGCCGAUUGAUCCUGUGGGAGACAUGUACGGGGCGUCAAGUGGCUACCACAGCCUCCCAUCUGCAGCCCGUCACCUCCAUCGUCGUCGACCCCACCUCCAAUUUCAUUCUCUCUGGCUCUGACGAUGCCAGCAUACACGUCUGGUCCAUUCCCAACAUCCUUUCCUUCUCCAGGCCCGCCCAAGGUCGGGACCGCCAGCCUCAGAAUGCACCCAUCCGCACCUUCUCCAACCACCGCGCUGCCAUCACCUCUCUUGCCGUUGGCCACAGUAGUGGCCGCCACAAUAUCGCUGUGUCGACUGCGAAGGACAACACAGCAAUUGCAUGGGACUAUCAGACUGGACUAGUUCUCCGAACAUAUCUCCUUCCCUUCUCCGCGACCUGUGUGAGUCUGGACCCAGUCGACCGGGCCUUCUACGUGGGUUAUGAAGAUGGAAGCGCACAAUCUGUAGACUUCUACCGCAGCAACUCGGUACAGCACCCCCUCCAUGAUUCGUCUGCACAGUCUACACCGGCCCAGGUGUCUGCCGAAGAUCGAUGGCUCCCACCUGCCGCCGACUCGGGUGCCACCAAGGCCCUCGCCCUGUCGUACGACGGUAGCACGUUAUUGUCUGCCCAUGACAGUGGUAAAGUCCUGUCGUGGAAUAUUGCCCGUCGGAAGUUUGCUGCCUCGAUCGCCGAUUACACACAUCCAGUCACCAACCUAGUGAUGCUGCCGCCGAGCGGCCUGCCACACUCCUCGCAUACCCUGAAUAGGACGAUACACGCAAUCGUGAAGCCGCGUCUUGACAAUGCCUUCGCCGAUCCGUCGCAUGCCCCUGGCGCCAUCCCAGCCGAUUAUGCAUUCCAAGCGCACAUUGUCGCACCCUCACAACCUAAAUCGCGCGCACCCUCCCAAUUCUCCCAAGCGCUCACUCAUGCAUUCUUCCCCGAUUCCAUCAUCGAAGAUGGCCUUGCUGAACUAGCUGCAUUCCGCCAGCCAGGUGGGAGCGAUCUCAUCCGUGUGGCGCCCGCCGCCGCCCUGGCAGACACUGCACAGGCGACCGCGCAAGACACCCACGUUGCAGACCUUGAAGCCGAAGUCGCCAUGCUGAAGAAAAAGGCAGCGGCGAAUGAUACUGCUAGACAUGCAACUGCUGACGAGGUCGCGCAAUUGCGCUCGAACCUUACUCAGCUGCAGGACUACAUCAAUGAGCUGCAUGGGAAGCAGGAGGCAGCUCAGCAGGACAAGGUGCAGCGGCAAGCAAAGAAGGAGGAUCGUGAUGCUAAGAGACGUGAAGCUUGGUUUGCUGCAGAGAAGAAGGGUCGUAAUGGCGAUGCUGCGAUGAAAAAGACGGAGAUUGAUGAUGGCAUGCUGACCAGCGAGUCGGAUGACCAGAGUGAUGAGUAA